AUGGGCUCCGGGAUUGAUUACCCCGAUCAUUCUACGACCCCUACCAUCACCACCACCAGCGGCAGCGCUGGCGGGAGUGGCGGUAGAACUUCUACUGCUGCAAUCUUCAUCACCCCCAAAACUGAGCCUAAACUCGAAACACCAGAAGUUCCACCUGAACCCGAUAAAUCUCAAAACCCUAUCUCUAGUUUCGGUCUGAGUGCCCCAGUAACUGACUCCGAUGUUACAUUUUCAGUACCCCGAUCCGGUGUGAACAGUCUUCAGUCUGAAUUCAAUGGCAGUUGGGGGAUGUCUCAGACCGAAUCGGUGAUUAACGUGGAGGAAAAUGACGAUGUUCCUUUGGAUCCUGAUGCACUAGCGCUUGUGCUGGUUCCUGAAGAAGACGAGCUUUCAAUCGUCGAUUUUCCAUCUCGCCGGAAGUCUCAGCGGUCGGCUGAGUUAGUCAGGGUGACGAACCUUGAAAUCGCAGACGAGAGGUACUUUCGAGAGGUGGUAAGGAAAACAAGGAUGCUGUUUGAUUCUCUGUAUUUUUUCAUUAUGUUGGAAGACGAGAAGCGUCGUUCUAAUGUCGAAGGACGCGUCGUCCGUGUCCGGGGCGAUCUGAAAGCUGCUGCACUGAUGAAAACCAACGAUCUCUGGUUGAAUCGUGAGAAACGUAUCGUUGGUGCAAUUCCAGGGAUUUACGUUGGUGAUGUAUUCAAUUUUAGAACAGAGUUAUGCGUUUUAGGCAUCCAUGGUCAAAUUCAAGCCGGAAUUGAUUACUUAAGGUCGAGCCACAGCUCAAAUGGGGAACCAAUUGCCACCAGUGUGAUUGUCUCCGGUGGGUACGAAGAUGAUGAAGACAGUGGCGAUGUUAUCGUAUACACAGGUCACGGUGGACAAGAUAAGCACUCAAAGCAAGUUGUUCAUCAAAGAUUAGUAGGGGGAAACCUUGCUAUGGAAAGAAGCAUGCAUUAUGGAAUUGAGGUAAGAGUUGUUCGUGGGUUGAAAUACAAAGGUGGAGCAAGCGAUAAAAUUUAUGUUUAUGAUGGACUCUAUAAAAUCACUGAAUCCUGGUUUGAAAUGGGCAAAUCUGGUUUUGGAGUAUACAAAUUCAAACUUGUUAGAAUGGAAGAUCAACCAGAAAUGGGGAGUUCAUUACUCAAGUUUGCAGAAAACAUCAAAACCAAUCCAAAGGAAGCUCGACCUUUAGGGUAUUACAGUUUCGACAUUUCAUCAAAAAAAGAAAACACCCCAGUUUUCUUAUUCAAUGACAUUGAUGAUAACUCUGAGCCAAUGAACUACGAGUAUCUGGUAAGAACUGUUUUCCCUCCUUUCAUUUAUCAGAUUUCAGGGAAAGGCGAAGGGUGUGGUUGUGUAUCUGGGUGUAGACCUGAUUGUGUUUGUGCUAAAAAGAAUGGGGGUGAAUUCGCUUAUGAUUUAAAUGGGAUUUUGUUAAGAGGAAAACCGAUAAUAUUCGAAUGUGGGCCCUUCUGUUCAUGCCCACCUACUUGUUGGAAUCGUGUAACACAAAAAGGUGUAAAGAAUAGAUUUGAAGUGUUUAGGUCAAUGGAAACGGGUUGGGGAGUUAGGUCAUUGGAUUUGAUCCAAGCUGGAUCUUUUAUCUGUGAAUACACUGGGGUUGUUCUCACCAGAGAACAAGCCCAGGUAUUCACAAUGAACGGAGAGGAUAGUUUAGUCUAUCCUUUCCGUUUUGGUGACAGAUGGGCAGAAUGGGGAGAUUUGUCACAAGUUUUUCAAGAUUAUAUCCGCCCUUCAUACCCAUCUGCACCAAAAUUGGAAUUUGCAAUGGAUGUUUCUAGAAUGAGAAAUGUUGCUUGUUACAUGAGCCAUAGUUCAUGUCCGAAUGUUUUUGUGCAAUUGGUGUUGUUUGAUCAUGCAAAUUUUGGGUUUCCUCAUCUUAUGUUGUUUGCUAUGGAAGAUAUUCCUCCAUUGAGGGAGCUUAGUCUUGAUUAUGGUGCAGCUGAUCCAGUGACUUUCAUCGUUUAUGAGAUGGUAUAAAGAAGAUGAUAAGUUGGCUAAAAUUUUGCAUCUCGGUUUCCAAAUGCAUAUCACAUCUCAUCUUCUUCCACUAUAUAAGGAAGGGUAUCUAUUUCCAAAUUAGGUUGUCUAUAUUAAAACUAUAGCUCCUUUCUCUUUUGGCUUUUGGUUUUUGAAAUGCAUAACAUAGGAGGCUCAUCAAGAUGGGAAAUGAUGCAUGCAUCUCCAAACUUGAAAAUUGAAAUUGCCAUUAAAGAAGCAAAUUUUGUGUACCUAUGAAGUUUAUAUAUAAUACAUAUCAAGUGUAGAUGACUUAAAAAACUACAUCUUAUACCCUUGUUGAUGUUGUUUUGGCUUUUAUUUUUGUACAAAUUAAUAUAUAAUUUUGUAGAUUGUGUAUAGAGAUGGAAUCAAUGAACGCUUAAAUGGUCAUUUCGGUUCUUUUUUCUUUUUCUUUUUGAAUGGCUG